GACGAAUUUGUUAAUGAUUUGCGACGUCACAGAACGUGGUACUCAGGGUACUCUCCUUCGGAGAUCCAACCACAGAACCAACAAAACGAUUCAGCGCCCAACAAAGAAAACGAGUCACAAACCGUUAGAGAUCGACAAGAGAACAUGAUGAGCGACUUGAAUUCAAAAGAUGUCAACAAAUGUGUGCUGAAACUGAUAAAAAACAUUCACUAUGAACAAAUCAAAGGCACUUAUAAUAUCGUAAUGACCACGCUUUCGGUACUCAAGGAAAUUGUCAAUAAUACAGAAUGGAAUACAGCGAAAGAUUUGAUGGAUGUUGUUACAUUAAAUGGAAAGUAUCUGAUUAAAAUGCUUCCCCUUCAAACUUGUAUUGGAAAUAUAGUAAGAAGGGUACUGCAGAUUAUUAGGGAAGAAUAUACCUCGGAAUUGAAGAAUGAGACGGAUGAGACUCAAGAGUCCUUGCACAAAAUUCUCACUGCUGAGAAUAACCAACAGAUAGAUUUCAAUGUUUCAAAACCUUUUCUCAAAGCCUCUCUGAUUCAACAUAUUAACGAAUUUGAAACAGAGUUGGAAACAUGUUCGGAUAACAUCACGAAACAAGCGUCCAAGCAUAUACACUCAAAUGAAAUUAUAAUGACCAUUGGUAAGUCGAGGUUGGUGGAAGAUUUUUUUAAAGAGGCCGCCGUUAGUAGAGCCUUCGACGUUAUAGUAGCCGAGGGCGGGCCAUCUUUAAGUGGUCAAGAAAUGGCAGUGAACUUGGCCAAGGCAGGUAUCAAGACCACGCUGAUAUCGGACGUGGCAAUCUUCGCAAUGAUGUCUCGCGUCAACAAAGUCAUCAUUGGUACUCACACCGUCCUAGCGAAUGGCGGACUUCGGGCGAUAUCGGGCGCAUAUACCGUUGCACAAGCCGCCAAGCACUAUUCUGUACCAGUGAUGGUUCUGCUGCCGCUCUACAAGCUAGCGCCUCUUUAUCAUUGCUCAAGCAAACAGAAUGGCUUCAAUUCUCUCGUUUCGCCAAUGCACGGUGUAAUCGACAGCGCCAACGCACCAUUGCUGGAACGGAUACAGACGUACAAUCCCAUGUUUGAUUACGUUCCACCAGAACUUGUGACAUUAUUUAUUUCGAACACGGGUGGAAACGCACCGUCUUAUGUAUACAGAUUGCUUAGUGAAUUAUACGAUCCUGAUGACUAUGAAUUAUAAGUAAUUUUAUAUAUAUUAACUAUUCACGUUUCUUAUAAUAUUUCUUACAAUAUAGUUUUUAAGUAAAUAUAUGUAAAUAUGUUUAUAUCUAUAAAGUAAAUAUAAAUAAACAUUUUAUUUUUAAUAUG